GGGGGAUCUGAACCCAUGUACUCCGGGGUCGCUGAAGCAGAGCGUGAGAACUUAACCACUAAGUGACCAGGCCUGCUCCCUGGAGUUCCUUUUUCCAGCAGAUGGCCAUUCCAGAGACAUCUUUACUGGGCGCUGAAUGCAGGCAGGUCAGGGACCAACGACUUUCGCACACACCAAGCUGAACACCUGUUCCAACCAAAGAGCAAGAGAAGCAAUAAGGAAAAAAACGAAAAGGAUUGGCAGCAGAUGUUACCUUAGGGCUAAUCUGGGGAAAAAAAUAAAUAAGUCAAUGGUUUUAUUAUGCCUCCAGGUGGAUAUCAGAGACAGGAGUUAAAACAUUUCUCCUAAGGUUUAUCCUCCAACUGUCUUCAUCAGGGAAAAGAGAGAAAGCUUUAUGAGGAGCUGGAUGCACAGAUCCCUCAAAGAUCCUUCAUGGUUAGAAUCGAGCUUUGAGUGGGCAGCACAGGUGGCUCUGCUCAGAUAUUCUAGCGUCCGACAGAUUACGGUCCAGCACCCAGAUCUCCGAGGACGCCCAGCUCCCCUCGGGUUGCUGGGGAGAGCACAGUUUCCCACCUUGUCUCUCCCGGGACUCAUGAGGCCUCAAGCCCACCACAGGUUAGAGUGUCGCAGUUCCACCGCAAUUUUAUAUCAAGCCGUAAUUCAGUGAGUUCCAGGGACUUUCGCUUCCCAGCAGCACUGUGUGGAAGAACCGGUAUUACUGGAGGCCCAAUAACCCAUCCCCAGAGGUGGAAUAGAAUUUGCAUGAGCUUGGUGUCUGAUACCCAGCGCUCGGCAUUCAGCAGGCUGGCUGGAACCAAGUGAUCUUUAAGCACGAUCCUCCAAUGGGCGCUGCCAGACGCUAUUGGGGGUGGAGGGGCGAGGGGGCAUUAUUUUCCUUCUCUUGGCAGCACUGAGGUCUCAGCUUCUACACUGGGUGGGUGGAGGGGAUGAGUGAUUCCACAAUGCCUGUGCCACCUCCCACCCUGACUGCUACAUCCCCCCAUCAUUGGGCCCCCAAAGUGGCAAGGCACCAACACCACGCUGUGCUGAAGAUACUUUGCUGAAAGGGGGGGAUUCGCUAUCCCUCCUACACACACACACACACACACACAUGCACAUGUGCACACACGCAAGUGAGCACACGCAUGCUCCAACAGUGAGUCCCAGGAGGCUGCCUCCAGCUCCCGCAGUCCCAUGGUUUCUGUUGCCCCAGGCAGCCGUGGUACUAGGCACACAUCCCUGAGGACCGCCCAGAGGACCCGCCUCCAACACAGGAGCACACCUCGUGACAGCAGAUGUCCAUCACCAUCACCACUGUUCGUAAGGACCACCUGGGAGCUUUCGACCAGCCCUGACCCUGAGCUACCCCCAGGAAUCCUGAUGGAAUCCACCCACCCAAGGGGGCCCCAGGCACUAGGAAUGUUGCAAGCUCCCCAGCGACCCUCGCCUGCAGCCCAGUGAGAGCCCGGCACCCGGCCGCCAUCCCCCAUGCUCUUACACUCCCCCUUCAUCAGCACCCCCCUCCCCCCAGGGAGCCCUCGGCCACGAAACUUCAUCACCAGGAACCGGCAGCUGCAGGAGAAGGGAGAAGUGUGUGUGAUCGAUCCACUGAAGGGGAGGUACUGCUCGAAGCUUCUAGAAGUCUGACGGAGGCACAUGAAACGCCGAGUUGCCCCUCUGCUCCCAUCGGUGGGGAGCAACCCACAAACUCUCUUCUCCCAGGACAGGUUCUGUAAGAUUAUGCUCAGAGGCACUUGAAUAUAACCCCUAAUUAUUCAGAAUGACUUAGAGUCUUAGGUCCGGGUUAAAUGGGAGAAUAUUGUGUAAUUGGUUAAAAUGGCACAAAUAAACAAAUUUUUUAACAGCUUGAGGCCACGACGGUUAAAUGAGAAGAAAGAGAUUCAAAGUGUGUAAAUAUGAUGACUCUACCCAGAAAAUACAUGGGGAACCCACUAGAAGCAAAUAUGUCACGUGUGAAAAAUGAUUGGCUUUUUUGGCAUUACACAUGCUUUUUUUCCUUCUUUUCUGUAUGCACUAAACUCUGUCCAAAUGUAUUGUAUAAAUGGCUUUUAUCAUAAAACAAACUUGAUUAUUGUUUAUUUUAUAGUAAAAGUACACGCAUUUGUUUUAUGAUAAUACACUUUUUUAUCUUGAACAUUAAUUAUGAAGACUGUCAAAGCCUAGAAAAAAUAUUUUUUAAGUUGUAGAAACAGGACAAAAGUGGAAAGUGGUUUGCAUAAAGGAUGCAACGAUGGAAAGCCAGGUGGAGGAUGGAGCAGGGUCUGAGAAGCAUCACGAAGAGAUGGAACAGUUGGGGUGACUUCCUUCCACUGGAAACCCGAUUUACAGGAGGAGUGGGGAGCAGCGGCCUCAGGGGCCCCUUUCGGCACUGGCAGCUCCAUGCUCCGUGGACCGGUGGCGCCUGACUUUGCAGUCCUCCCAAAGGCCAGCGUGAAGAAGGCAGGCUAAUGUGUUUUAAAGCCACUCGGUCCAAAUGAAAUUAUAUAACCCAGCAAGGGAAAAAUUACGCCACUGAUGAGAGUUUUUUAAAAAAAGAAGAGAUAAAAGACAAUGAUUGUCUCCUGCGAGGGAGGCGGGCGAGGUGAGGGAUGAGGGGGCAUCCGGGAGGCGGGCUGCUUGCUCCUCCAUCUAUAAAAGGAGGUGAGCUGGCUCCCUUCUGGGUCACCGCUGCGGCCACUGCACAGUGUGCUCGCCACCCUCGUGGGGAAUCGCGGUGAGUAGCCCUCGAGGCAGGCGCUGCAGGGCGCGGGAGUCUGUUCCUCUGCCCUCCUUCUCUGUAAAUCUUCUCUCUCUCUCGGCGUGGGGCGUGGGGCAUGCGGCGGGCUUCUCCUAAGGUCGUGCCUGCUCUCCAGCAGCCAGGGCCAGCUCUGGGCAGGACAGGCAGGGGCAGCCACCCCAGGGUUUGUGCCCGGCCAACCCAGGGCCCCGAUGCUCAAGCACGUCCAUGGUGAAGGCUACUCUGCAACUCCACUGGGAAUGCAGACCAGGGAUCCCACCGGGCAGACAGCAAAAACCUCCAACUCGUGGGGCAGCAGGUCCUUGGGGAUCAGGAGCCAGGCGCCACUAACGUUCUCCUAAGACGCCCUCCACCCAGCGAGGGGUCUCUGCCCAUUUGGAUGCAUCUCUUCAUUACUCUGCUUUCGUGGUGGCACCUCCAUUUCCUCCAAGUCGGGGUCCCCCACCUCACCCCUUGUGUGACACCCCAACAAGUCCCCAGAAGGGAGAGGGGUAGGCAUUUUAAACUCCUCAGAUGGAGAGCACUUUCCGUGGGGCUCAGAGACAGGCUGGAAAGUCAAGGUAGGCAGAGUGGUCCUCCCUGAAACCCUGAAACCCAGAGAGGGCUCCUGAAGUGCCACAGGUCAGGGCACCUGCGGGGGCAGCCAGCCCCAUGAGGUGGGGGCGCCUGCGGGAGGAGUUGCCGGCUCUGCCAGAUGGAUGCUGUUUGGGCACAUUAGCACCUCACUCUGGCCAGGUGAAAAGUGGAUGUCCUGGGUACCUCUGUUGCCCACAGCCCCCUCUCCCCACACCAUCUGUAGUGAGGUUGUCCUGCUGUGUGAGAGCAGGUCCCACAUGUUCCAGGUUUAUCUUGAAGACCCGGCAGAUCAGAUCUGGGGGUCAUAGGGAGAGCGAGUGCUCUUGGUAAGGUUGGAGAAUGCUGACCCGUCUACAAUGCCUGGCUGUCAGCUGAUGUCCUCCAGUGCGGGCAUGGGGGCAGGAUGAAACUGGAAAUCAGCAGGCCCUGGGCAGAGUGAGGGAAAGAACCCUGCACCAGGGUCCCAGCCCAUGGGGGUUUCGGCACCCCCAGCUCCCUGGCAAGGCACCCCCUUCACCUCUGCAGCAACCCUGGGCUCCUCAGGGCCAGCUCCCCUCAAACCUGCUCGUCUCUGCCCUUCCUGUCUGGGUGUGCAGCACACACAGCAGUAUAGAGGCCUCCCACACCUCCUGGUUCCCUAACAUAGACAGCCAGGCAGCCUGAGGCUGUUCCAAGACAGCCCACCUCUCUACAUCCAUAGCUCAUAUGCCUCCCAGGUCCCUUCUGAUGUCUGAGCCCACCAGAGGUUGAGCUGUACACGGUCGCCUCAUUUAAUUCUCGCCACAUGGAGGAGAGCACGGGGUCCCAGGGAGGCCGGGGGAUCCUGCAAAAACCUAGCUUUUUACUUCCUUGCUCAUUUCCACCCCAACACAGAGCACAGGAAUGCACACUGGAGUGUGGCUGCAUGCACACACACAUACACAUGCACACAAACACACAAUGCACAUGCACAAGCAUGUAACCACAUGCACACACACUCAACGUACACAAGUGCACAUACACGUACCCACACAUCUCGUACACUCACACACUGUCAUACAUAUACACACGCUCUCUCAUGCACACAGGUGCACACACACACGCAUGCACACAUAUACCCUCUCGUACACAGUGCACACACAUACACACAUAUACUCACGUGUGAUGCUCACACUCAUGCACACGUGCACAUACACUCCCACACAGUGUUCGCAUUCUCCAAGGCUCCCAGCUUUGUGAGUACACACCCUCACGUGGGCUUCACGUUGCUCCUGCCCCUCUGCCCCAGGCCGCGCCCUCCGUGUGGAACCCCACCUCCAGCAGGGCAUCCGCAAGGAGCCAGGGGGAUGAAGGCAACGCGAGCCUGGCUCCUGUGCCUGCUGCUGCUGGGCCUGGCCCUUCAGGGGGCUGCGAGCCGAGCCCACCAGCACUCCAUGGAGAUCCGCACCCCUGACAUCGAUCCUGCCUGGUACAUGGGCCGCAGAAUCCGACCAGUGGGCCGCUUCGGCAGGAGGGGAGCAGCCCUGGGGCUGCAGCCAAGCCUCAGGCACCGGCAGGUCUGCCUCCUCUUGGAAGGAGGCGCUGAGUCCUCCCAGGAUGAGUGACAGCCCAGCUCAUGGAAGAAAACUCCAGCAUCCUUCCCCCCUCCAUCCACUCUCUCCUCCACGGGCUACUUUCCCUUCCAUCCUAAUAAAAGCAGCUGGUCUUGUUUAGAUGCGUCUGUGUGGUGACAAAGCAGGAGGUGCUUUGCCCUCGUGGGAUGUGAGCUUGGAAGGACACUCAGAGCCCAGCAGCCCACGGGAUCCAUGACUUGCCGUGACUUACGUAGCACUGAGUAAGGGAACUGGGACCGUCCCUGGUCACCUGCAGCCUGUAGCGCCCUCCACCCAAGCUGUCUUGAAUGGUCACCCAGGUUGCACACUGAACGAGGCCAGGGAUGCUGCGCAUCACCCUGUGUCCUGCGGGAAGCCCCCAGAGGAGGGCAGCACUGCCCCUCGGUCUGACCAGCCCCUCUCUCAGCCCCAGUCCUUCUGCCUCCCUUGUUGGUUCUAGGAGAGAAAAAGAACCGUGGGUUGUUUGUCUCCAAUCCACAGCAAGAAGACCUGAAUCUGGAUGGCUUCCACCCCACAUCGCGUCCCUCUCGCCCCUGAUUCUAACUGCAUGGGAAUGUCUCUGUGUCCUGCCUCAGGUGUAAUUGCUGUGGUGUCAGGGGACACACCACCACUAACGGGGCAACUGAGCCCAGCCCUUACUUUUCUGAGCCUCAGUUUCCUCAUCUGAACACCCUGGGACAUAAAGUUUCUGAGCUCGGGUGGGCGCAGCACCUGCUCACCGGCCAGCGUGGGGUGUAAACCCGCUUCCCCAAGGCCCUCUCUCAGUCCAGCGCGGGGGGCACAGGUUUAACCAGUGAUAUCCAGAUUCGAAGCUAGGGCCUCUGCCUGCACCCUGCUUGCAGGGUCUCAGAAGCCCACUGUGAGCGCAGGACUCCUGCUGUCCAACCACGCUCAGGAGGCCUGGUGGCCAGGACCCAGAGCGGGCCCAAAGGACCCCAAGGAAGGAGCGUCCGCAGCUCACCGGCCAGUGAGGGUAGGCAGAGCCCACCCAGACCACCCAGAUGAGGUGCACACAGGGCUCCCCCACCUCCCCAGCCACAAGGAGGUCAGGGGAGGGUAGAGGGCCAGUCUCCUCCCAGGAGAGAGCCCUUGCCACUGUCAGCACCUCCCCGGGGUGGAAUGAGCCUGUGGGAACAGGAGAGGUUGCCAGGCCUGCUCCAAGGCCAGGCAGGUGCCAGGCCAGGCCUGGAAGAGCCCACAGGCCAGGAAAAGAGUUUGGCGGUUUUUCAAAAAGGUAAACAUCAAGCAACUAUAUGGUCCACCCACUCCUGGGUGUGUAGCCCACAGCACCGAGAACGGGAGUUCAGACAAAGACUUGCACAGGAAUGUUCAUAGCCUCACAAUUCACAAUAGCCAAAAAGCUGGAAACAACCCAAAUACUCACCAACAAAAUCAGGACAGUCUCCUACAUACCCACAAAAUCAUCAUCAUGCCUAAAAACUGUAAUAAUUCCCUCACAUCAUCUAGUUUUUAGUCCAUAUUCAAAAAUCCUCAAUACAGCAAGAAAGUCUCAGUUGUGCCUUUUUUUUUUUAAACCAGGCGCCAAUCUAAAUUCACAGCUGCAGUUAAUUCUUUCUCUUUGGUCCCUGAUCUUAUUUUGUGGCAACACUGACUUUUACGAAAUCCCAGACAUGUUGUCUUUUUUUUUUUUAAAGAUUGGCCCUGAGCUAACAUCUGUUGCCAAUCUUCUUCUUUUUUUUCUUCUUCUCCCAAGAGCCCCCCAGUACCUAG